GGGUCUGUAAUAGAGAGCAGUAAAGUUGCCAAGUGCACACUUAGCCUAGCUGAAAAAACAUAAAAUAGUUGCUGUGCUACAUGUCUCUAAAACGUUGCACUUAAGGAUGUUUCAAGAAAAACAGUUGUCAUUCCUGUACCCCCAGCAUUAAGCUGGCUCUCUGAAUUUGGGUGCCUGUAGGUUAUGUUCAAAAGAGGGCAGAUUCCGUCAGUCUCUUUGUAACUAUUUCUGUAGGUUGUGUGUUCAGGAAUUCAGCCCCAGAGUACCUUAGUUGUUCUUUCUGAAGUAGGUGUUGAACAUCUAGAUAUUCAGAACUGAAGAAAAUCUGGGAGAAAGUAGAAAUGUGGGGCCUUGAAACCUUAAAAAUUGAGUUCAAUAGGAGCUAUUUAGGAUUUUUUUUUUUCAGCUAAUUCUCUGUGUGAUCUCGUGGUUGUUAAUUGAUUUGUUGGAGUCUGUUUUUUCCUGUGAUACACAGUCAUGGAUAAAGCCCAAACAUGGGUGAUGUGAGAAACAUGGCUGAGGUGGGAAGGUGGCACCGAGACCUGGAGACAAGUUCUGGGCAUGCUGUUGUUCAUAAUGGGCAGGAGAGGAAGUCAGAAGCCGUGUGGCUUUGUGGGAGAGGCUUUGCCCUUGGUUACCCAUCUUCUGUCUGUUUUCUUCUGUUAAAAUAGGUUUUUCUGCAAAUGCACAGGAAAGCUAAUCUCUGCCCAGAAUGCAAGAAGGACCUAAGCCUUUAUGCCUUAAGUAUGUAUAGGGUGACACAGAGGUUUGCUUUACUCCUGCACGAGGUGGAGAAGCCCUUUAAUGUUGCAGUAGGUUUUCAUUUAACACUUACUCUAACUGGUGCUGCAGUAGAGAUGUCAAUGUAUUCUCAUAAAAAAGCCAUUCUUGCAAAUGGCAAUUGUUAUUGCUGAUGUGAGAGACCUACGAUGUACAGCUGGCUGCUUGUUCAUCAAGGCUGGGUUGUGAAAGGUCUGGGAUUUGCUGUCUGUAUUUAUGCAGGGAUUUUCAGUGGAUCUUUGGCCUUCAUCGCUGAAAUUUGAUGGUGGUUCUUAGUUUAAACACCCUCGGAACUGAAUACAGGUUGAAAUCUAACCAAUACCAAACUCAGCAGUUGACUUUUGAGCAGAGUGUGCCUUCACAGUGCUGGUCUCCAGAGCUUGCUGUUAAUUCCCGUUUGGAAGAAACUUGCCCUCAUCUCAAAUAGACACCAUAUUUGCUUUAAGGCUGUUUGUACAUUGUACUUCUUCAGAAAUGCUACACUUAAAAUCACAGGUUGCAGCAGGACCCUCAGAAGAAUAAACAAGCUGUUGUGAAGAGUAUGCUUUUGCUUUUUGCUGUGUUGGAAGUGGAAAAUCCUAUGGCUAUUCUAACCUCUGUAGAAUGCACAGAUGGGAAGCCUGAGGUCAGGAAGAGGUGGAGGUUCAGUCUGCAGAGAUAUUAUCUGUUUAACAUUAGCUAGACAGAAUUGCAUGAGACUGCAGUCCUCACAACUGUUUGGCUGAAUACCAGUUGUGCAUUACAUACAGAGAGAUAGCCAAGAGCCAGGAGUUUUGCAAUAAUGUUUAGAAAUUUCCUCUUUUUGACAAAACAGAUCAGAUGAAAAUUGCUUUCUCCAGUGAGUUGUGUUCUCCUCUAAAUAAAACAGCUGAAGUGCUUGCAAGUCUGGUCUAACGCAUAUCUGGGUGGCUUCAUCUCCGUUUCCCUAAAUCUCUGCUGAUAUUCAGCUUUUUGUUUAGUUAUUCAGCAGCUCUCUAAACAUGUUCUGUAUGCUGCUUGGUGGUCCGUGCCGUGUUGGCUGCUCUCAUGGGCUUGGCUGUCCUCCUUCCCAGCUGCUGAACUCUGCUCGGAGAUGAUGAAAUGUGCUGUUCCAUGUAACUAAUUUCAGUAUUUGCUACAGGGAUAUUAAGGACAGUCUGAGAGCUAUUGCCUCGUACACCAGGAGGGGAGUGCAUGUGGCGUGCUUAAUGGGUGGUCUGUGGGAAAAGAAAGAAAAGUUUGAGGAACCCCCCCUUGAAAAUAUGUCCAUAGGAAAAUGAUCAUAAAGGCACACAGAGAGCUCGUCCCCAGCCUCUGCAGAGGUGGUAGCGUGCUGGAUUAUGCCCACCAAAUCCAGUGGUUUGCCUUCUCUGGUAUGUGAAAGCUCUUUACUUGAAGUAGGUAAUGCAAUUACUGGUGGAAGCGGGAGAAAACAAUGAGUAAGCUCAGUGUGCUGUCGGAAAGUUUCAAAACAAUCCUUGCCCUCCCAGGGAAUCUGAACCAAUCCAAAGUUUCAAACAAGGAAUGAGGGAAAAAAGAAGGGGGGAAAAUGAAAAGUACCUUUGGAUUUGUUCAGAGAAAUCCUUUCACGCCUUUCAUCCAGGGGAGGUGAACUAAUUCAGGCCAGCUGAGAUGAAAUCACGUAUAAUCAGAGUGCUGCACUAAGCUGUAAAUAGCGAUGUUAGCAGUAACAAGCCAAAGGCUGCCAGACAAAAUCAACAUUUAAAUUCAGUCUCUCGUCUUCAUAAAACUUCGUUGUCUGUGGGGGGAGAGCCCUCCACAGUGCAGAAAAUAUCCCAAGAUCUUUAAAAAACCCACCAGCAUCUUGCUGUUUAUUUAAAAAGCAACCGACAAAAGCUGGCUAGCAGUUUACCCUGGUAUCUUUAUCAUAAUAUUUGAACAUUAGUGUUUGAUGAAUGUACUAAAUGCAUCGGUCUCGAGUGGCUAAGGGGAGCAGCGGUGUGGCUGUUACGGUACUGGGAUAGGUGUGUGUUUUUCUUGUGAUUUGUUGCUGAGCGCUUCAGGGCACACAGAUCAAACUCCUUUGCUGGGGCGAGAAUUGUUUGUACAAUAAAGGUUUCUGAGGAAUGGCUGUCCAGCUGCAUUCAGACAUCACCUUUUGCGAGCACUUCUGCAGCUUCUGUAGCAUGUUCCAGUAUCUUUGGCGCCCAUUUUUUCCUCUGCCCCCCAUCUGUGUUAAGAAAAAAGGCAAAGCCUGGACAGACCCAAUGUCUUCAGUGUGCCCUUUGUCCAGUCAUUGAGAGCGCAUGAUCUUCAUCCUCUCCUAAAAGCUUCUACUGCUUGGGCUGUUACUUUGCUCCUCUUUUUCUCCCUGCCUCCCCAGCAUGAACAACAAAUCUUCAAUUCUUUUACUUCAUGUCUUUUUCUGAACCCAUUGAACUUUUUCCUUACCCUUUUCCGUGGGCCCUUUCCAACUUGCUGCUAGAAAACCAGAUGUCCUUUAAGCUUGUGGGUGAUUUGUGUAAGCCUUCCCUCCAACACAUGUGUACCUAAACUGCUUCACUUCUGUAGGUAUGUUGGUGGAUGAGCAGCCUCUCGUUGCUGCCUGAUGGCAAAUAGAUGGCUGAGGGGUCCUAGGUGUCUUCUAGUGUUUAGCAGCAAUACUCAAUAUACUGCUUAGCAUAUAUUAAUAAAACUGCUACCAAAUAGGUUUGUAUUUUGGGGUGUUAGUGUGGGUUGAAUUACUUUGCACUGCCGUAGGCCUAGUGUAACCGUGUAAACGAUGGAAUGCAUAGGCUUUUAAAGAGUAGAUGUUACAAAAACUGCCUGACAUGUGCUGCCUGCUCUGUGCAUAAAUAUGGGAUAUUCUUGGUGCUUUAAAAUAACCUCUUUCUCCCCUGAGCUUCAGUCCUCGAUUACACUUGAAAAUAAAUUAACUCUAAAGAAGGAAAUUAGAGUCAAAUGGAUUUACCUGGUUGGUUAGAGGAGCAGGAUGUGGGGAAAGGAGUAUAUCUUCCUGUUGAAGUGGGAAUUGAAGCUGUCCGCUGUGCCCUUACAGCUCAUUGACCCACGCGCUCACUCCCUGACUCACGGAGGUGUUGGUGGCAGGGAUGAAAGGCGUAGCGCAUUGUGGAGCCUUCUGCUGGAAGUGCCUUGUGAACAAGCGUUAGCUUGGCUUCCUGACAGCCUCCUGGGAUGAUUAACAGCAGAAGGGAGGCAUCUCCCUUCCUGCUUUUUGCCAACCGUCGGGAUGUUCGACUCGUGGAUGCUGGAGGUACAAAGCUGGAGUCCACUGUGGUGGUCAGUGGUUUAGAGGAUGCUGCUGCGGUUGACUUCCAGUAUUCGCAAGGCAUCGUUUUCUGGACAGAUGUGAGCGAAGAAGCCAUCAAGCAAACUUAUAUUAACCAAACUGGGAAUGUGGUGCAGAAUGUCAUCAUUUCUGGUCUGGUUUCCCCGGAUGGCCUGGCGUGUGAUUGGAUUGGGAAAAAACUUUACUGGACAGAUUCAGAAACCAAUAGGAUAGAAGUCGCUAAUCUGAAUGGAACAUCUAGAAAAGUCCUCUUCUGGCAAGACCUCGAUCAGCCCAGGGCAAUAGCUUUGGAUCCAGCUCAUGGAUACAUGUAUUGGACUGACUGGGGAGAAACACCCAGAAUAGAACGGGCAGGAAUGGACAGCAGCACACGGAAAAUAAUUGUUGAUUCAGAUAUCUAUUGGCCAAAUGGACUCACAAUAGAUCUUGAUGAGCAGAAACUUUACUGGGCUGAUGCGAAAUUGAGUUUCAUUCAUAGAGCAAAUCUGGAUGGCUCCUUUAGGCAAAAGGUUGUUGAAGGAAGUCUUACUCAUCCAUUUGCAUUGACGUUGUCUGGGGACACUUUGUAUUGGACGGACUGGCAGACACGUUCCAUUCAUGCCUGUAACAAACGGACAGGAGAGAAGAGGAGAGAAAUAUUAUCUGCUUUGUAUUCUCCCAUGGACAUCCAAGUCUUAAGUCCAGACCGGCAGCCCUACUUUCACACUCCCUGUGAAGAAAACAAUGGUGGUUGCUCCCAUCUGUGCCUGCUAUCACCAAGAGACCCCUUCUAUAGCUGUGCCUGUCCCACUGGUGUGCAGCUGGAAGAUGAUGGCAGGACGUGCAAAUCAGGUGCUGAAGAAGUGUUGCUGCUUGCUAGGAGGACUGACUUGAGAAGGAUUUCCUUGGACAUGCCAGAUUUCACUGACAUUAUUCUGCAGAUAGACAAUAUCAGGCAUGCAAUUGCCAUAGACUAUGAUCCUGUGGAAGGCUACAUCUACUGGACUGAUGAUGAUGUUCGGGCAAUUCGUCGGGCGUACCUUGAUGGCUCUGGAGCACAGACUCUGGUAACCACAGAAAUCAACCAUCCAGAUGGUAUUGCUGUGGACUGGGUGGCAAGGAACCUGUACUGGACUGAUACUGGAACAGACCGCAUUGAAGUGACCCGUUUGAAUGGGACAUCAAGAAAGAUCCUUAUAUCAGAAAAUCUGGACGAACCUCGUGCAAUUGUGCUCAAUCCUGUGAUGGGCUACAUGUAUUGGACAGACUGGGGUGAAAGUCCAAAGAUAGAAUGUGCUUAUUUGGAUGGAUCAGAGAGGAGAGUUCUGGUGAAUACGUCCCUGGGUUGGCCUAACGGCUUGGCACUGGAUCUUGAAGAGGACAAACUUUACUGGGGAGAUGCCAAAACAGAUAAAAUUGAGGUCAUAAAUGUUGAUGGAACAAUGAGGAAAACCCUCUUAGAAGAUAAACUUCCACAUAUAUUUGGGUUCACGCUGCUGGGUGAUUACAUCUACUGGACUGACUGGCAGAGGCGAAGCAUUGAAAGAGUUCAUAAGAUAAGGGCUAGCAGAGACAUUAUUAUUGAUCAGCUGCCAGACUUGAUGGGCCUUAAAGCAACAAGCGUUACCAAAGUUUUUGGAACUAAUCCAUGCGCAGAGAACAACGGAGGCUGCAGCCAUCUGUGUUUCUUUACACCCCAGGAGACCAGGUGUGCCUGUCCCAUUGGCCUUGAGCUGUUGAGUGACAUGAAGACUUGCAUCAUUCCUGAAGCCUUCUUAGUUUUCACAAGCAGAGCAGCAAUUCAUAGGAUUUCCCUUGAAACCAAUAAUAACGAUGUUGCUAUUCCUCUUACUGGAGUCAAGGAGGCAUCUGCUCUGGAUUUUGAUGUUUCUGAUAACAGAAUCUAUUGGACUGAUGUUAGUUUGAAGACCAUAAGUCGAGCUUUUAUGAAUGGGAGCUCUGUUGAACACGUGAUUGAAUUUGGGCUAGAUUACCCUGAGGGAAUGGCUGUAGACUGGAUGGGAAAGAACCUCUACUGGGCAGAUACUGGAACUAAUCGAAUUGAGGUAGCCCGCCUGGAUGGACAGUAUAGGCAGGUCCUUGUGUGGAAGGACUUGGACAACCCAAGGUCUUUGGCUCUUGAUCCUACUAAAGGGUAUAUGUACUGGACAGAAUGGGGAGGUAAACCUAGGAUCGUUCGAGCAUAUAUGGAUGGAACAAACAGCAUCACUUUGGUGGAUAAAGUGGGUCGAGCCAAUGACCUCACAAUUGAUUAUGCAGACCAACGGCUGUAUUGGACUGACUUAGACACCAGCAUGAUCGAGUCAUCAAAUAUGCUAGGACAGGAACGAGAAAUCAUAGCAGAUGAUCUACCUCAUCCAUUUGGAUUGACCCAGUACAGUGACUACAUCUACUGGACAGACUGGAAUCUUCACAGUAUAGAAAGAGCAGACAAGACCAGUGGGAAGAACAGGACACUUAUUCAGGGCCAUCUGGAUUUUGUGAUGGAUAUAUUGGUCUUCCAUUCUUCACGUCAGGAUGGCUUGAAUGAUUGUGUGCAAAAUAAUGGUCAUUGUGGUCACUUGUGCCUUGCCAUACCAAAUGGAUUUAGAUGUGGCUGUGCUGCUCACUAUACCUUGGAUCCCAACAGCAGGAACUGCAGUUCUCCUACCAGUUUCCUGUUGUUUAGCCAGAAAUCUGCCAUCAGCCGAAUGAUACCUGAUGAUCAGCAGAGUCCAGAUAUCAUCCUGCCUAUGCAUGGUCUAAGGAAUGUGAAGGCUAUUGAUUAUGAUCCCUUAGAUAAAUUGAUUUACUGGGUAGAUGGGCGUCAGAAUAUUAUAAAAAGAGCCAAAGAUGAUGGCACUCAGCCUUUUACUGUCAUGAGCUCUCCAAACCAAAGCCAGAACCCAGAGAAGCAGCCACAUGACCUCAGCAUUGAUAUAUACAGCCAUACCUUGUAUUGGACCUGUGAGGCCACAAAUUCUGUCAACGUUCACAGGCUGAAUGGCGAGUCAAUAGGGAUGGUGCUGCGAGGUGACCACGACAAGCCCAGAGCCAUUGUAGUGAAUGCAGAGCGGGGGUACAUGUAUUUCACCAACAUGCAAGAGCGAGCUCCCAAGAUUGAACGUGCAGCCCUUGAUGGCACAGAGAGGGAAGUGCUUUUCACAACUGGGUUGAUCCGACCAGUAGCACUGGUGAUUGACAACAAACUCGGAAAGCUUUUCUGGGUGGACGCAGAUCUGAAGCGCAUCGAAAGCUGUGACUUGUCAGGUGCUAACCGUGUGACUCUGGAGGACUCCAACAUCCUUCAGCCAAUGGGCCUGACUGUGCUGGGGAAUCACCUGUACUGGAUCGAUCGGCAGCAGCAGAUGAUUGAGAGAGUGGAGAAAACUAAUGGGUACAAAAGGACUAGAAUUCAAGGCCGAAUUGCUCACCUAACAGGCAUUCAUGCUGUGGAGGAACUUGAUAUGGAGGAAUUCUCUGCACAUCCGUGCUCCCGUGACAAUGGUGGGUGCUCACACAUCUGCAUUGCCAAAGGGGAUGGGACUCCAAGAUGUUCGUGUCCAGAGCACCUUGUGCUCCUGCAGAAUCUCUUAACGUGUGGAGAACCUCCAACUUGUUCCCCAGACCAGUUUACCUGUGCAACUGGAGAGAUUGACUGUAUCCCAAUGGCAUGGCGGUGUGAUGGAUUCCCAGAGUGUGAUGACCAGAGCGACGAGGACAGUUGCCCAAUAUGCUCCGCAUCUCAGUUCCAGUGUGAGAAAGGACAAUGUAUUGACGCGCAUCUGAGGUGUAAUGGAGAAAUUGACUGCCAAGAUAAAUCUGAUGAAGUGGAUUGUGAUACAAUUUGUCUGCUCAAUCAGUUCCGAUGUGCCAGUGGCCAGUGCAUCCUCCUGAAGCAACAGUGUGACUCCUUUCCAGACUGCAUUGAUGGCUCAGAUGAACUCAUGUGCGAAAAAUCAAAGCCAUCCUCAGAUGAACCUCAGCCCCACAGCAGUGCCAUUGGUCCCGUCAUUGGAAUAAUACUUUCCCUUUUUGUCAUGGGAGGAAUGUACUUUGUUUGCCAGCGAGUGGUGUGUCAGCGCUACGCCGGACCCAACAGCCCCUUUCCACAUGAGUACGUCAGUGGCACGCCUCACGUCCCUCUAAAUUUUAUUGCUCCAGGAAGUUCUCAGCAUGGCACUUUUACUGGCAUCUCUUGUGGAAAGUCUAUGAUUAGCUCCAUGAGCCUCAUGGGAGGGAGCAGUGGUGCCCCCUUAUAUGACAGAAACCACGUUACUGGAGCCUCUUCUAGUAGCUCAUCCAGCACUAAAGCCACUUUCUACCCACAGAUCUUGAACCCGCCUCCAUCCCCAGCUACUGAUCGCUCCCUGUAUAAUGCAGAGAUGUUUUAUUCUUCAAACAUUCCUUCAACCACAAGAUCUUACAGGCCUUACCUUAUACGAGGGACAGCUCCACCCACAACCCCGUGCAGCACAGAUGUUUGUGACAGUGACUAUACUACUAGUCGAUGGAAAGCCAACAAGUACUAUAUAGAUUUAAAUUCAGACUCAGACCCUUACCCCCCUCCACCCACACCUCGCAGCCAAUACAUGUCGGCAGAAGAAAGUUGCCCUCCCUCUCCUGCCACAGAAAGAAGCUAUUUUCACCUCUACCCACCUCCACCCUCUCCUUGUACAGACUCCUCAUGACCUCAACAGAAGGAACUUUCCCUGUAAAUAUUUUUAAAUAUGAACAGAUUUUAAAUAUAUAUUUUAUGAUUUAAAGAUAAAAAGGGGUGGGAAUUAAAAAGGAAAAAAAAAAGAAAUGUGAAUAAAAAUGGGUGGGAGGGAUGGGGCUGUGAAAAUUGUACAAAGGAAGAAUAUUUAUAAAAUUGAUUUUUUUUUAACUUAAUUUCCCUUCUUUUGUGCCAUAUUUGCCUUUUUGAAAUCAUGGAACUGACUUACUCUCCAGUGGAUUUGGGGAGGCAACGUUGAGCCUUUUUGCAUUUCAAACCACCUUUUUACACGCAAAGUGUGUGCAGUUCUUUUUACUAAUGUGAGAAAAGAAAGUGAAGUGGCUUGUGGAAAGAGGAGGCUAAAGAGACCAAUAUUCACAGAGAAGAAAAACAUGCUUAAGUAGUUUGUCAGUGUCUCAUCCCUUGUAUGCCACUGGAAGAAAACAUGCAAAGAGUACCACUGUCAUAUGCUCCUGUUUGCUAGUGAGCUGAGUGCUUCCCAGCAGAACCUGUGUCCCGAGACCUGGAUUUGGAACCUCAGCCUCCGUUUGCUCAGCACUGAACUGGAAAAACACCUAUUUUAACCAAAUCUUUCAGCUUAGCUGGUCCCACAGGCGUUGUGUCCUGACUCAUGCUAGUACCAUACUGCAUACUGAUUCUGGAACUGAUAGGAGCUAUAAACAUACCCAGACCUUAAAUGCUUGGUUGAGCUCCAAUCAGUUCCCACUUUGAGUGCGUGAUAGUAGAAGAAGUUGUAACGGCCUGACAGUGAGAGCAAGGGGCUCUUAACAAGAGAAAUGCCUGACAAACGGCAGCUUUGCUCAGGUUCACCGUUUUAAUUUGAAUGAAACCAGGUUCCUUCAUCCUUGUCUAGCAUUGACUUCCUUGUGAGGCUUUGGUGACUUAGCCGGGAAGGAGCUGUAGCAGUCAGCUGCUUCUCAAAAUACAGUGGUACUUCACCUUUUACCCUGAAGUCCGGUAAUUCUUCUAUUCUGGGUCUUUGAUGUGUUCACCUGUAUUGAAUUCAUCAGUGAAUUGCUUCAUCUCCAAUGUUCAUUUCCCAAAGUGGGAUGAUACAGUGGCCUGCAUUCUUUUAAGUGAGGAAAGUUGUUUGUUUGUAGGACGUGGUAUCUGCUGAGCUCAAAACCAAAACAUCUGCUAUUUGAGCAGUUUAGUCAUGUCAUCAAAAUUUGCCACCAAAUUAGUCCAAACUUAGAAACAUAAAAAGGGAGGAAGGAGAGCAGGCAAAUACAUCUGAUUGUAUUAAAAUAAAAGAAAAGUAAACUGCAACAAGCUAUUGUAUCCUCAGGACACCGUAAUCAGUGAAGUGCUCGUGCUUCUAGCUCAUUCCAAACCCUUUUGUGAAAGGGAGACUGGGAUAAGUGCCUUUCACAAUACAGAAGAUAAAUUUUUGCUUUGAUUCAUCUCCUGUUGUAACAAAGAGAUUUGGGUAUUGAAUGGCAAUUUUCACCUCUGAUGAUGAUGUGUGUGUGCCUACCUGGGAUAUCUGAGGGAAAAUCUGAAUAUGCAGGCCUGCACCUGUUUCUGCAACUGCUGAAUAACAUGUGGUGACUCUUUGACAGCCUUAAUAUUGUUGGCAACAGCAAAACGUUUUUCCUUUUUGAACUUGUGUUUGGGUCAGUGUUUUUUGAACAAAAGAAGCCUGGGACUCCAGGGCAAAAGGUCCUCGUUGUAGUCGAGGGGCUGGGACCGUGCAGUUCCAAUCCAGCUUGUGUUUACAGACUUGUUAGUCCAAGUCUGUUCUUCCUGCCUCCAUUAUUAAAGCACAGUAUUGGUGCUUUAUUUAUUUCUCCUUGUCGUAUUACUGAAACUCUUUUCAAGUAGAUUUCAGUACCUUCAUGGCUAAAUUUUUGCUUUUGAGUUUCACUUUUGGCACAAAGAUGAUGCCCACCAUUUCCUGUGGAGAAAAAAUAGACAACUGGGGAAUCCAGCACUGGAGUUUAAGAAUGGAUUCUCUUCCCACAUCCCUUGCCAAAGUUAGCAGUUGUAUAAUAUCCCAGGAGGGACGAGGUCAUCAUUUGUUACUCUUUGAGUGACUGACUUUGCAGAUCUCUGAGAAAGCAUUAAUGAUUUGGUGAAACCAAACAAGAUUUUCAUGUGACUGUGUUUCAGUGAAUUAAAUGCUGAAUGUAGAUCCACGGAUAUUUCAUGUAUCACAUAAUCAUAUGCAUGUUCUACGUUACAGCGCUUGGUCGAAUUUCACGUCGUACGUCAUUUUGUGUGUAACUAUUGGCCAUUUGUAAUGAAUGUAUUCCUUGUUUCCUGUUACAGUUCUAGCUUAGAGCCAUACCAUACUAAUUUUCCUGUGUUCCUGUGAUGGCACUGAAUGCAAGAUUACUUUUUUUUUUUUCCUUAAACCACUGAUGGUUUUAAAGAGCCACCACUGUAGCAAUCCCAACCACUUUGUUUUAUUCUCCUUUUAUAAAGUUUGGAGUCGAGUCCAAGAGAAUUAGCAGUCUUGCUGAGAAGUCAGACUGACUUAAGGACCAAAGGAAUUUGACCCUUAAGUACUCAGAAGGAAGCAAGCACUUGCUGAAUGGAAUGGAUUAAGCUUGUGCACCCUUGUGUUUCAAUUGGAUGUUCAGAACCUCUUGCUGCUGAUGGUUGCUGAGAAAUUACUUCAUCUGAGGCACUUCAGGUUUUGUGAUCAGAAUGCAGGUUCCACACUGCUCCGUGGAGUUGGCUUGAAAAGCCUCUUCUAAAGAGGACUUGUAAGCAAAUGUAGCAUCUAAAGGUUUAAAUACUAAAAUAUUACUUUUUGUUGCUGUAGGCUAUCUAAUCUAAAAAGAUUUUUGCACUCCUGGAGUCAGAAAAGACGACGUAUUUGAGUGAGAAGAGCUACUUUUCUCCAGAAAUAUCCCCCAGUGUGUUUUUAGUGAGGUAUGUUUUCCAUCCUGUGAACCUUCAGGCUAAAACUUAGAAAGCAGAGAUGCUUCUUCUAGAUCAGGAUGAGGGAAAGUGUUGCGUAGAAUUAUUGAAAGCGUGUGGCAAGUUGUAGCGGUGCAGGGUUGAGCAGGAAAUAAGCAGGGAAAAGUUGUAUUUUGCUGAGGUUUAGGCGUGGUUCUGUUAGUGCAGAAAGGUGCUAUGAGAAAGGCUGAGGUAUCCUGACGUAUCCUAGGAGUUCUCCCCCAAGAACCUGCAGGGGGGGGCGCAUGUGGUUGGGCUUUCCAUGUGAGCUUCUGAGUACUUGAACCAGUUUACUGAAAUAUUUUCAAAACCCAUUCUGACUGUAUAUUAGCACUUUAAAGCAGCUGGGGAUGGAACGCGGAGCUGUGUCUGGAUAGCAGCAGGUAACGGGCAAAUGAACUGGUUGGUUCUGUGUUACAUCUAAGGGCAGAUUUCAUAGCAGAGAGCGGCUUCUUUGCCUUCUGGUGCAGUCACAAAGGCAGCUACAAGGGUCAUCUUCUCUGUAGAAUUUAUUCUGUGUGUGGAACAAAUGCAGUAGCAACUUGAAGCUGUAAGGUAGAUGAGCAGACUUAAAAAAUCAUGAUCUUCAUUGGCAAAGUAUACUUUGAAUUCAAGCAAAGAGCUAGUGUGAAUUCUAGCUGGACGUCGGCUAGACUGAUCUGCACUCUGAAAUUUGCAAUGGAUACAAUUAAUUUGUUCAUUAUUGGUGGGUUCCCAUUGUUUCACUGCUUUGAUUUAACUGCCUGGAUAGAUCUCUAAAGAGCGCUCAAGCUAAGAGCAAAUCAAAUCUACACUGUACAACAAAUAGUGUUUUCUUUAGGAUAAUGACAUUACAAAAUGUCCACAGAAUUAGAUUGUGCCAUUAUUAACGUGUUCUAAAGAGGAAGGGUGAAAUAAGUCGCAAUUUUCCUCUUUUUGAAUAGUGAAUUUGAUUUGUAGCAAUGAAGCUUGAUCUCUCUGGUUCCAGAUCUAAGACGCAUCAUGUUCUCCCCAUUUUUAGGGGGGCAACUGAUGCCUCUUGGAUCCUGGGGCUUUUGAAACUAUGAAGUGUCUGUGCAUAGCAGCGAUCAGUAAGGACUGACCAUGCUGUGCUGAGCUACCAGUGACAUGGGUGUUCACACACUGCCUGUAAGGUCAGAUCCUUUUGCUGCAGAGGGCUCUGGGGCUGCCCUGCAUCAGAUCCUAUGGAAGCACAUUGUAGUACAUCACGAGUAUGGUUGGUCAGACUUGACAAAAGUUGUGUGCCCCUUGUGCUCCGAACAUUAUCAGAAGCAGAUCUUUUCUGAUGUCAAUCAUUUUGUUGGGGUAUGUGUUGAGUCAGCCCAAAUGAGUAGCUGUGCUUAUAAUUGUACAACAAGUGAUACCCAUUAAUGUCAGGAAAUGAAAACAGAAGGCAGGCAUGUUCCCAGUAAUUAAUAACACACAGGAGUGCCUGGCAUGGAGCCCUGAGUUAGAAAUAAUGUAUUUGUUGCUACGGUGCUGAGGGACAUUUUGCAAACUUCCAUGUUUGGGCUGAGCCUUGGACAAGCCAUAAUCCAACAUGACAGACGUUUACAGGGUGGUUAUUCAGUUGUUUCUGUUUAAUAAUGAGUGCACUAUAAAUGAUGAGUGCAUUCCUCACCACAAGUUUCAAAGUGCCUGAUCUUCUGUUACUGUUCCCUUACAUACUGCAAUGCUUUUGUCAUUAAAUGUAAAAUCCCCUUUCUUUGACUAUCAGGAGUUCAACUGAACAGCUUAAGGUAUUUCCCACGUGUUAAAAGUAACAUUAUUAUACAUAGCUGUUUUCAUUCCUGUCACGUGUUCUAGCUCUCCUUCCUGAGAACAAAUACUGAAGGUUUUGUAAAGGGUAUUUUUCCUCUAUUUUGUGUAUUUUGCAGUUGGCCAACUAUGCUGUGGGUCUCCUCAUGUGAGAUCGUGCUCCUGGGCAGGGUGGGGGGAGGAGAAACAGAUUUAAAUUAGUGUUAAACCUGCUGAUAAGAACGAUGGAAACUAAGGUUAUACAGAUGACUUCUGCAUCCUGCAACCAAGUUCCUCAGCUGCUGUGUCCUGACAUUGCUGGCGAUGCUCCCAGCUGCCCAUGGCAGUGAGGCACCACAACCAGGCUGUCCCCAGCACAACCUGCAGCCCCACCGCAGCCCACGAAGGGAGGCAGGAGCCACUUCUUCAGCCAGCACAGAAUCCUGCUGGAUAGAAGAUGACAGAAACAAUUCCGAAGCAGGACACUCAACGUCAACGAAAUACGUGCAGAGAACGCGCCUUGAAAGAGGAGAGCCUCAUAGCUACAGAGGUGGACCAAUUCACCAGCAUUUAUGUGUUUGUUAAACGAGUGCCCCUGCUGAUGUGCCUUCCUCUGAGCGAUGCUCCCAGGGGGAGCUGAGUCCAAUGAAGGCAGCCAUGUUCCACUUACGUUUGUACAGAGGUCCUGCGAUGCGUAAACGAGAACAGAAGUAUCUUAAUUGCGACUACAAAUGCAACAGUCAUAAAUGGAAUUAAUUGGCCUGCAGAGGUCAAAAGAAAAGCUGUUGAAAAAUGCUUUGCUGUUGGUUGUGAAAUUUGGAGGGCAUCAUUGACAAAACUCUAACCCACACCGCUUUCUUACUUAUCUAAUUGUAUUGUAAUUGCUGCUAUUUGUAAAUGUACAUGAAUAUACAAAGAUUACCAAGAUUUUUUAUGAUAAACACACACAAUCUUUUUUUAUAUUUAUAUUAAAACAUGUAUUCUGCAAACAGCCUAAUAAUUACAGCUUUAUGUGUGUAUCAUUUUGUAGGAUUUGGUACUACAAAACCAAACCCAGUACUGAAGUGCCUUCUGUGUUUUAAACAGCUCAAACAUUGACUGGGGAAAAAAUUAAAGCCUUAAAUCACAGAAGCCCCAAGAAUCCUAUGUUGAGUGUACUGCAGUGAGUCUAAGUAAACACUGUGUUCGGUUCUCCUCAGCUCAAAUGCAUCCAUGAGUAGUGGGACUGAAACUGACCGCUGAGGGGUUUUUAGAGCGUACAUAUCUUGAGUUUGUAAUAUACUGGGAUAUAUAUAUUUGUCUCCAGUGCAGUAUUUCAGGUGGAUGUUCAUUUCCGUAUUCAUUUCAGCAGCAAUUUUGACAUGUUAAAUACAUGUCAUUAAAGAAGUGCCAACAGGUGACACUGUAGGUAUUUGGGGAUUAAAUUGACGUUACUUUCGCAUUGUUGUUACAGUUAUGUUUCAUGAAAGCCAUUUGUCAUGUUUCAGAAGGUCUUUACCAAUUGUUUUCCAAACAUGGCCUUUAAGAUACAAACGAACCUGGCUGGAACUGUUGUAAGAAAGAUUUCCGUUGAGGCUUUCACCGCUUCAGACCUUUACACGUUAAAACAGUUUUCUGGUCACAAAACUGCAACGAUUCUUUAUGUUAACAGAGCUGAAGUUGUUUAAGAUAACCGCUAUUUUGUAUAAAGAUUUGUAAAGAUAAUGGACUGUGCCUUUGUACAAUAGAUUCUGUGGGUUUUGUUUUGUAAUAAAUAUAUUUAAAAUAUUUGA